AACUAAUCAUGCAGAUUCCCAAGUGUGGUUUUGGAGAAGAAUGAGGUGUUAUAGCCUUUGUGGUGAAGGAGACGAGGGAUAAUUAUUUGGAUAGUGAUGUGUUUGUGUGUGCCAAGUGAAUGAAUUUGAGGUAUACGGGGGAGAGGAUUGUGGUUGUGCCGGAUGCUGAGGAUGUAUUGGAGUGACUGGAGUGUGUGGACCAUCAUUUAGCAAAGAUUGAUCACUUUAUGGAGUGGCAUAGUUUUAAUAAUAAACUACUGCCUACACUAGAAACAUACAAAGAAAACAAUUCAAAGCUCAAAAAAGACCUCUCCCUCUCAGUCACUUCCAACACCUGGAAGGAUCUACCCUACCUCCACUCAGAAUCCAGAUCCCUUCUAAAUUCCCUCCAAACCUCCCCUCUCUGGCAGGAAUACAUCAGAGAGUUUACGCACAGAGAGUUCAGAGAUAUGAAAGCAGGAAGGAACAGAGUGUACAGUGCUUCGAAGAAAUGGGUCAAUGGACAACUGGUUAAGUUGAGAGAGAGCAUGAGGAAGACAGAUUAUGGGAGGGUGGUAGAGAAGUUGAGGAAGGUUACGGAGAGAGUGAGGGUGUGAGAGAGGGAGAUGGAGGAGAAGGAUGAGGUUAUUAGGAAGCAGGAGGGGGAGAUUAGAGAGGAGAUGAGGAGGUUUGAGGUGAAGGAAUGUGAUGUGCAAGAGAUGAGAAAUGCUCUUAAGCAAAAAGAGGACUAUAUCAGAACCCUUGAGCAAAGAGUCCAAGGAAUCACAAUCUGGGAAGGCGAAAACGAUUCACUUACAAAGAUACUAAGAAAGCAAAUCGAAAAAUUCCAACAAGAUAAAUCCCACUCUGAAGAAACCAUCAACCAACUAGCUUGAAAGAAAAACAGACUCGAAACAGAAAUGAGACAGUGGAUAGAAAAAUGAAAAAAAUCACAAAACCACAUCGAAAUCCAAGACUCCAAAAUCCAAAAUCUCAAAAGACAAUGUGAUGGUGUUUUGAGUCCGAGGGAUUUUACAAGGUAUAAUGAGAUUGAACAAGAAUUUCAGCAAAGAUCUGAACUUAAGUUUGACUUUAAUAAUGAAAAUGACGUUCUAUUACUCAAGCAACUGAAGCUCUAAAAAUACCUCCUCUAGAAUUACUUCAGUUUUGCUCUCUACAAAAACUAAAAGAGCCUGGAGCGUUGAAAGAAUUUCUUUCGAACUCAAUUAGAGAAAACAUCAGAGAGCUGACUUUCUCCCAUAUACAUUCAUCUAUCACAUCCUCUAUUCCCUAUAUCGCCUCACUCACCAAAGUCCUUCCAUUAGCCACUAAAAAAGUUCAUUUCUACAAUUCAAUCCUCACCAAGGACUAUUUCCAAGAUAUCCUAGCCUCUUCCAAAAAUGUCCAAGUCAUAAAGUUCAUCAAGUGAAUAAUUAAGCCUGACACUGAAUGUUAUUUCGGAGAUCGGCUACAAGGAGCUACUUUUCAAGGCAUUGACUUCACUGGCACAGGUGAGAGAAGCAACUGGGCUGGAGAAGACUGUCGAAGAUUCAGGUGCAUCAUGGAAGGCUUAGCCCAAGAAGAGAGCAUAAAAGGGAGAGAAGUUACGAUAGGGUUAAAGAAUUGAGGAGUGUGGAGAGAGCAAGUUGAGGGCAUCUUGGAAGAGUAUGGGUUGAGCAUGAUGGAGGUGGGCUCCUGUGACAGGUUUAGGAUGUUGUUUUAAUGAAGAGUUGAUCAGUUAGGGAGAUAUUUUGGAGUGAU